AUGGGAAAUUCAUAUGCUGGGCAACUGAAAUCUGCACGCUUUGAAGAGGCUCUGCACAAUUCGAUAGAGGCAUCACUUCGUUCCAACAGCAUUUCUCCUCGACCAAUCUUCUCUCAGCUGUACCUUGAAUCAGAUCAACCACCUCUAUCCCCUGAAGAUGUUAAACCAAAAAUAGAGGACCUUGAUAAAGAUAUUGAAGUUCAUCGCUAUGCACAGAGCAGCUCUUCUGGAUUCCCAGCCAUACAAGUUGGUAAUGGAAUGGACAAUGAAGAAGAGGAAGAAGAAGAGGAAAUGUCUGAGUCAAACAGCCCACCUAUUACAUACAUGCAGAAACAUGUUCCAGAAGGAUCCUGCACAACAGAUGGUUUCUGCCAAGCUGGCAAAGACCUGCGUCUAGUAUCACUCUCCACUGAACAAAUUGACAUUCCACCAGGGUUUGUGCUGGUAGGAGCCAAGUCUCCAAAUCUCCCUGAGCACAUUCUAAUCUGCGCAGUAGAUAAACGCUUUCUGCCAGAUGACAAUGGAAAGAAUGCACUUUUAGGUUUCUCGGGGAACUGCAUUGGCUGUGGAGAGAAAGGAUUUCGGUAUUUCACUGAGUUUUCCAAUCACAUCAACUUAAAGCUGACAACCCAGCCGAAGAAGCAGAAGCACUUAAAAUAUUACCUGGUCAAAAACUCUCAAGGUAUUUUCUCCAAAGGACCACUGAUUUGCUGGAAAGAGUGCCGGACUCGUCAGUCGCCUAGCAGUUAUUCAUCUGCACUACCCUCUACCAAGUCGGUUGCUGCAGUUGUGGGUGCGCCUUCUCCAAAUAUAGACACUGUGUCAUCCAGUGGUUAUGGCACUACUGUCGCUAGUUCUCAGACAGAGUCAACAUUUAAUCUGUGUCCAGUAUCAUCUGCUGCCAAUUACCCAGGAUGCCAAGACCUGUCCAGGAAUGGCAACAUAGCAAAACCUCUGGCUGUCACCAUGCAACACCUUGGGAAACCUCCAGUAACAGCUGCCUGUACAAAUGGCCAGUCACUUGGAUCUGUGCGAAUUAAUGGUAAUACCAAUAGUAACAGCAAUGGUGGAAAAUCCAAUCUGUUCAGUGCUUCUUCACCUCGGCUUCAAACCCUUUCAACUUCAUCAAGUCCUGGCUUGACCUCAGGAGAUAACAUCAUUAUGACAAGCUCUGGGCCACCUAAGAAACGUCAUCGUGGCUGGUCACCUGGGUCCCCCAUAUCUGCACCUGCAGUAGCCCCAGUUCCAGCUGUGCAGCCAGUGACAAGAUCUGAUGCUUUGCUCCCCAUGCCUGUUCCUCAGUCAAUCGUAGCCGGAGUUUUGCAGCCACAAGCCAUCCCUGCAGGGGAAACUGUUAUCAUCCCUGAAAACUUAUUAAGCAGUUCUGGAGUGAGACCUGUUAUUCUGAUAGGUUAUGGCACUUUACCAUAUUUUUAUGGCAAUGUUGGUGAUAUUGUAGUGAGUCGUCUACUUGUGAAUUGUUACAAGUUUCCACAACUGACUUCAGUUGAACUGGAACAGCUAGGUAUCUCCAACAGCCAGACCCUAACUGUGGAAAACAUGAUCCUGUUGACAAUACAAUAUCUGAUUCAUCUGGGUCCAGACCAGAUGCCUUUAAGGGAAGAGUUUGAACAGAUUAUGUUAAAAGCAAUACAGGACUCGAGCCUUAAAGAUCGAUCUCUACAAAUGGGAGGCCCUUCUUCCACCGUGUCUCCAGGACAAUUACCCUGGCUCGCUCGACUUGCUGCCAGUGUUUCACGUGACUUGGUGCAAGUUGUUUUUACUCAAAACUCCCUGGCAGAAGGAAUUUCAGAGACCUUAAGGACUUUUGGUGAUGUCCAUCUACACCAGAAAGUACCUAACUAUGUGGUAGUCAUUUGUACAUCAAAGCUGAGAGGAAUUGAAUUCUGUGUGGUGGUUUUAGGUCAUUAUCAAUCCAGAAUGCUGGCAGAAAGCAUGCUUACUACAAAUGAAUUCCUUAAGGAAAUCAGUUAUGAACUGAUUACUGGAAAAGUCAGUAUUUUGGCAUCAUAUUUCAAAACUUCUCCCCAUGGUGAUAACUUAGACAAAUUCCUAGAUAAAUUUCAGCAGAGUCGAAACAGUAAUGUUGCUAUUCCAUUCAAUGGAAAUGUUUCUGACUACAUUCCAGCAGAUGAAGCUGCAGCAAUGACAACAAUGCAGUGUUUUGAUUCACCUACUGAAGUGUUUCAGAUUCAUCCUUCUCAGCUCAGUAUUGCCCGAAAGUUGUUAUCUCAGGUUUGUGCAAUAGCAGACUCUGGAAUGCAGAAUCUAGAUUUGGGGCGCUUUGGGAAGGUUGACUUCAUUAUUUUACUGCCAUCAUCAGAGAUUCUUUUCCAACAGACUUUGCAACGUAUUCGACAUUCAGGAGUACUUGUGGACUUAGGUCUAGAGGAGGACACUGUAGCCUAUCAAAGGGCUGAGAAAUAUAUUAUCCGAUUAGACCAUGACAUUCAGAAUAAGUUUGAAGCUUUCAUGAAAAAGGUCAAGCAGAAUCCAUACACACUCUUUGUUCUUAUUCAUGACAACUCUCAUAUUGAUUUCACUAGUUUUUCAGGUUCUGCAACACAUGGGGAAUCCAGCCAGGUUCUGUCGGAUAAGUUUAUUAACUCACAUGAGGCACUUGAGGCCUGCAAUUUACUUAUAUUGCAGGUCAGCUCCUUUCCCUUCACUUUACAGACACAACAAUCCCGUGUCAGCUUUCAAAAUGAAGUGCACUGGAUACUGCCCAGCAGUCCUGAGGAAAUCAACAAUGAGGAAAUGGUGUAUUUUGGUUUGUCUGAUUACAGUAAAUCCUUACGAUGGGGAAUCACGAGCCCUAUCCUAAGAUGUGAUGAGGCAUUUGAAAGAAUGGUGAAUACUUUAAUGGAAAGGUAUCCCAGAUUGCAUAGCAUGGUGAUCCGAUGCUACUUGCUUAUUCAGCAGUAUGCUGAAGCAAUGAUGGCUGUAACAUCGAUGAAUUUACUGAGAGAACACACUACUCCUGAGACUCUGAGUAUUAUGGAUGAUUUGAUCAGCUGUCCUGGGAAAGACAAGAUUGGACGUGGACAUAUGCUGUUGAUACGAGUACCGUCCAUGCAACUAGCAAUGCUUGCCAAAGAACGACUCCAAGAUGUUCGUGAUAAACUUGGUCUGCAGUAUCGAUUUGAAGUACUUCUGGGCAACCCUGCCUCAGAACUCAGUGUCGCCAAGCACUUUGUUACACGAAUGAAGGUAUGGAGAGGGUGUGAACAGGAGGAAUGGAUCCCUCAUACCUAUCAGGAUUUGGAAGGUCUCCCAUGCAUCGUCAUUUUAACUGGUAAAGAUCCACUUGGAGAAUCAUUUCCAAGGUCCAUGAAGUUCUGUGAUCUUAGGUUAAUUGACUCCAGCUACCUCACACGCACAAGUCUUGAGCAAGAAAUAGGCCUCGCUUGUGGCUACAUUUCUAAGAGUGCUGUCAGAGAAACCAUUGCAGUUCUGGAACAAACUGAGAAGGAGCAAGAGAAGGUUCUUAUCAGUGAGAAUGAAUCUGAUGAAUUACAGAUUGACCUAGAGAGGCCACAAAGUAACAGCAGUGCAAUCACUGGAACCUCAGGUUCCAUAGCAGAUAAUGGAGUGACCAUCUCUAGUGCUCUGGACUCAACACAAAAACCUGUUUCAUCGCUGAGCUUUCAGAAUAUUGUAAACAACUCCAGUGAUGAAGGCACUUCAGCACAUACCUCAACCAGUGUAGGCAGCGAGGGCUGCAAACAGGAGUGUGACUCAGAAGGGAAAGAAACUGCAAGCAGUACAGUCUCAAAAUCAUCCAUAUCGUCUGUGAAUUCUCGCCAAUCUAUUAUACUUAAUAAAGACUUCAGGACUCCACACCUCAUUUUUCAACGCACUGUAAUUUUAUCAAAACCAGUAUAUCAUCUUCUCGUCUCCUCAAAAAAUGAACACUUAUGCUCCGCCAAUUUGUUGCCCCAUGCUGAUAUGGCUUGGACAAGCUCACUGAGAUCACCCUUUCAUAAAGACUUGAGCAGUGAAGAACAAUCACUUUACUACAGACAAUGGACAAUUCCCAGACAACAUCAUGCAGACUUUAGCAAUAAAAAUGAAGGAGGUUCUGGAAAUUUCCAUCAGCGACGGUUAUUAUUGGUGGGACCACCACAGAUUGGGAAGACAGGUGCAUACUUACAGUUCCUUAGGAUUCUUUUUCGAAUGUUAAUAAGACUUCUAGAGGUUGAUGUAUACAAUGAAGAAGAAAUUAAUGAGGAGAUGAAAGAGACAAAUGAGCAGGCACAAGGAAUUAACACACAGUGGCCUGACAUUGAACUCUUCAGCAAAAUGAUCUUUGACUUGACAGUACAUGAUCCAAGAUAUCGCCACAUAAGUCCUGUGUAUUCAGACAAGCUGCCAAAGAUUAAGCUAGAAUUGAUAAAACGCAGUCCAACUGAAGGAUCAGCAAAACGAGAGACUGUCUCUAUCAUGCUAACCAAGUAUGCUGCAUAUAACACCUUCCAUCAUUGUGAGCACUGCCAUCAUUACACAGACUUCAACCCAACCACGCAGGUUUCUGAUUCUACACUGCAUGCAUUUACAUUUUGUUCCUCCAUGUUGGGAGAGGAAGUGCAGCUUCACUUUAUUAUCCCAAAGUCAAAGGAACAGCAUUUUGUCUUCAGCCAACAGGGUAAACACCUGGAAAGUAUGCGUCUGCCUCUUGUCACAGAUAAGAAUCCCAAGUCAGUGAAGAGUCCUAUCUUUACACCUACUACUGGGAGACACGAGCAUGGCCUGCUGAACCUCUACCAUGCCAUAGAGGGUGCAAACCACCUUCAUGUCCUGGUGGUCAAAGAGUUUGAAAUGCCUCUCUAUCGAAAAUAUUGGCCCAAUCACAUUAUGUUGGUACUACCUGGCAUGUUCAAUGAUGCAGGGGUGGGUGCUGCCCACUUUCUAAUCAAAGAACUUUCAUAUCACAAUUUGGAAUUGGAACGAAACCGUCAAGAAGAGAUGGGCGUCAAACGACAGUGUGUGUGGCCAUUUAUACUUGUCAUAGAUGACUCUUGUGUCCUUUGGAAUGUUCAUAAUAUAUCAGAAUCAGACAGUGAAACCAAGGAACCCAUAGUUUCCACAAAGAACGUUUCCUUGAAGACUGUAAUGCUGCACAUUGAGGCCACACCAAAGAUUACUCAUUAUGCACUCUGUGGAAUUCAAAAAUGGAACAGCAAGCUAAAUGCUAGCAAAUUGAGGAUGCCAUUCUCUCGCUGUCACAUACAUGACUUUAUACUGUUGAAUGUUGAUCUGACACAGAAUGUACAAUAUGAUCUAAACAGGUAUACCUGUGAAGACAUUGACUUCAACCUACGGACAAACAGCAGUGGUUUACUUAUUUGUCGAUUUAAUCACUUUAGUCUCAUGAAGAAAUGCAUCCAGGUUGGAGGGCAUAAAGAUUUUGUCAUAAAACCAAAGAUUAUGGUGUCUGAAAGCCUCAAUAUCAUUUCUGCCUCUCAGUAUGUCUGUGCUCCAGAUAGUGAAAGCACAAUGCUAGCUGCUCCAGCCCAGUUUCUCCUGGAAAAGUUUCUUCAACAUGCCAGUUACAAACUCUUUCCUAAAGCUGUACACAAUAGCAACAACCCUGUAUUAGCCAUUGAUUGCUACAUAAACCUUGGUCCUGAGAUUUCUGUGUGUUACGUAAGUUCACGACCUCACUCGAUUAACAUAAAAUUUGAGGAGGUUUUGUUCAGUGGACUUCUACUCUACCUCUGUGACUCAUUCGUUGUUGCCGACUUUCUCAAGAAAUUCGUGUUUCUUAAAGGUGCCACACUUUGCAUGAUUUGUCAAGACCGAAGUUCAUUACGUCAAACAAUUGUUCGCCUGGAAUUGGAAGAUGAAUGGCAGUUCCGGCUGCGUGAUGAGUUCCAGACAGCUAGCAGCAGUGAUGAUAAGCCACUUUAUUUUCUUACUGGACGGCAUAUUUAAAUUAACUUCAGAUGGCAAGAAACAAUAAUUACAGGUGAUGGGUGGCACUAAUAACAGUUUGAUAAAGCACAAUUUAUAAUUCCAUGGAAGGGUAAUGUGGCACAAUUGUGUAGAAAAAGCAUAUCGAAAUUAGGUCACUUUAACAAACGAUUAUAUCAGAACAGAAACAUAGUCCUCAGAGAUGAGAGGGUGAUGUUCUGACAUCAGUAACUCCAGAAAAGAGUUAAUUUUGUGAUUUGUGAGGAAAACAGCUUCACGUAUGACUUGGUACAUCGACCUAUUCAACGUGGCAGACAAAAAGCAGUAUGAGCUGCAGAAUGUGUAUAUGUCCAUCAUAGGUUUGACCAGUGCUACUCAUUUUAAAACAAGUUGCAAGUAGACCUGGAUCAAAGCAGAAUGAACAACUCUUAAUAGAAAUACUUCGUUUGAAAGGAAUGAAACCAAAGCAGUGGAGUGAAAGGAAUUGAAGACUGUAUGUUGAAGAUUCUCCACGUCACCAUUCUGACUGUAUGUAUUUACAGUUAAGCUCAGGGGUUUAUAUUUAGGUGACGCUGGAGAGGAGUCACUCGUAAUCAUGCUAACUAUUCUCUUAAUUUUUGUUGUGUAUGAUUUCAUACUUACUUGCUGUAAUACUUCACCCUUAAGGAUUUUUUUUAAAGAAAGCUCACAUUUCUUUUGAACAUUUCAAU